CUAGAAGCCAAGAGACAGAGGAAAGAGAUGGUGCAAAGCAGCCAGUAUUCUUUGGGAGCAUGAAACAGUCUAGCAUGAGCAGCAUCAGCAGUAUUUGUACUGAUGGGGGAAGCAUUGACAAUGGUAAUGUCAGUGGAGAAAUUGAAUUUGCUAUCAAAUAUACAAUGAAGACGUCAUCUCUAGAAAUUUCUAUCAAAGGAUGUAAGAACCUGACAUAUGGAGAAGAGAAGAAAAAGAAGUGUAACCCGUAUGUGAAGACAUACUUACUUCCAGAUAGAUCUUCUGCUAGUAAAAUGAAGACAAGUGCUAAAAGGAAUACAGUGGACCCAAUAUUCAAUGAAAGUUUAAAG